AUGAUCCACCUAAUAUGGAUUUUGGCUAAUUUUCUUGUCUUCAUCACCUAUGUGACUGCCGAUCCUCCGUUCCUCUUUCCACAUGGCUAUUUUGACAGCAGGAAGUUGAAGCCAUUCGAUGCCAUAUACCUGAAUAUGAUGGCACAGUCAAAUCUUGAGUACGGUGGAGUAACUCUUGAGGAGCUCGACGAACUGGACAAAACGAGAGAACUUGUUGAUGGUCCACCAGCUUCGCCGCAUGCUAUUGCCCCGGGGCCGAGAAACUCAUACUAUGGAGGAUCGCAAGCUUUUUCUUAUCUUGACAGGAGUCAUUCCUCUUCGGGAGGUAAAGCCCAUGAUGGCGAAGCUCUACUGAAGACAACGCAGCCACCACCUUUUUCGGACUCCACUAUUGCAUCAGGUGAAGAGGCAUCAGCUAUGCCGCAAGGCAGACCAAUGAUGAAGGAAGACCACCAAUCAGACGAUGUAGCCGAAAAACGCCCACGCUCUCCAUUCAGUCGGAUCCGAAGGCUACAAAGGCGGUACCGGCGAGCUGUGGAAGAUGAUGAGAAUCCAUUUGAGGAAAUCGCAACACGUCCACCACCCAGGAGUGAGGUACAAAUGCAACGCGUUCGAUACUACCUUAGACGGCACAGAAAACCUAAAAAGAAGAGAAGGCGGAAUUUCCUCACAAGAGAUGACAUUUACGAUCCCGAACGAAAUGAAAGAUCAAGGAUGACAAAGGAAGAAAGACGAAGAAUGCGUGAAGAAUUGGCUCUGAAGCCCACAUCCGAUGAAGCCGAGGACAGUCAUCCCAAAGAGGCACAAGAAGAGCUGGUGCACUUGCAGAGGCCGGUGCAUACCGGAGGACGUGAAGGAACGCGCAAAGACUUCCAGGCUACGCCACAACCUGAUCGUUUGCCGACUUUAAUUCCGACGGUGGACCGCUUGCCUCGUCUUCGAAACAAUCCCUUCCAAUCUAUUGAUAUCAGUGGACCUACUGUAAUCAGCUUGCCGAUUCCACCCAACAUUGACGAAAAGUUGGAAAGGCGCCGUUGA